AUGGAGAACAACAUCUCGGAGCUAGUCGAAAGACUCGGGAGCGAUGAAGAUGCAGUACGAAAAAUGGCAGUUUUCAAACUGCAAAGCAGCAUCGGGGAUCCUUCAUUUGCGGAUAUCUUCAUCGCGGAAGGGGGAUUGACCAGACUCCGUUAUCUGACCUUGCAUGCCAGUGGUAAUACUCUAGCAUAUAGUCUAACAAGUUUCGCCAGGUUGCUCGAAGUCGAUAAGGGUUGGGAAUUUGUAGACCAAGAAGUGGUUGAAAGGAUUGUCGAGCUUAUAGUAACCCACCCAUUGGUGAAUAUCCUGCGCGGCGCAAUGUCCAUCCUAGUCUCUGUCGUAUCCCACCCUUAUACCAACGGUAGCAAUGCGCCGGAAAAGGGAAUCUUUGGGUUUCGAGCCUUGAAACCCGCGAUAGCCAUAUACCCACAAUUCCUGGAGAUGCUUGUCAGCCGACUCUCCUCUGCGGAUCAUGCGCUCUGUGCCAAUGCGCUUCAGUUGAUCAAUUCCCUUAUGCGCGACUCGAUCACAAACGAUUCGGAAUCAGAAUGGCCCAGAUUCAUUCAGAAAUUACAGGAUUUGGGUGUGAUUCGAGCUGUCUAUUGUCUCAUGCAAGGAACCGCGCUGCAGGACCACGCGCAUCCCCUCAUCGAGUUCCAAUCACUUACAAAAGUUCUUCUGAGAAAGUGGCGAGAGAUUCGUCUGGAUCUAGAAAAACCAGAGCAUAGGAGGGCGUUAAAAGGGAUACAUCUCGCAAGCCAACAAGAAAGAAACUCUGGGAAAACAUCCGCCGGUAGCCCCAGCGAGGUGCGGCGGUCAAAGAAACACAAUUCCGACAAAUGGAGGCGACUUGGAUUCGCGACCGAGAGUCCAGUGGCACAGUUCGAAGACAUGGGUUUCCUAGGGAUGAUGGACCUGGCGGACUACGCCAGAAGCCAUCAAGAUGAAUAUCAAAGGAUUCUCUUAGAGCAGUCAACCAAGCCAAUGCAACAGCGUUGUCCCAUCGCCCGCGCCUCCUUAUCCGUCACAUCGAUCUUAUACGAACAUUUUGAAGUCGACAAGUCUGAAAUGGAAGAUGCGAAGAGUUAUUUGAUCCUAGAGUCUAGGUCCGGUUUAGACAAGGUGUUCAAACCUCUAUUAUUGCACUGGACCCGGCUACACGUUGCGGGACUCUAUGCCUUUUUCCGCUUGUGGAAAGCUACCGGGGCGGAGUUGGAAGAUUACGAGAAGAUUGUUGAACUAGUUCGCAUUCUUGUGGAGUCUGUGGUUGGAGGUGCACCGCGAACGAAAGACGUUCAAGACGUGGAGGAAGAAUUAGCCAACUUCGAAUACAGCCGACUUCGCGAGCUCCAGAUGGAAUUACUAGAGCUCACAUAUGAGGAUGUCUGGGGUCAACAUCUACGGCAAGUGCGCGAUGAGUUGCAUCACGAGGCGCUCCAUUUCAUCAAGGAACAGAGGGUUCGCUGCUUAUUACAAGGCGCUUGGUUCCGCAAUGAUGGCCCACUGAAGUCAGAGUUGACCUCAUCUCGGGAUCCCGGUUGGAAAUUCGUCCAACUUUCACAUAAUCGAAGAGUUCUACACUUCGGAGAUUUCGACGCAAUAGACAAGAGAAGUCCGGAACUUGAUGCUUUACCAGAAAAACUUGAGUUGUCAAAUGUUUCCUCGGUAGUCUCCAAUGUCUCAUCAUCGCCGGAUGACUCUUCGUCAACUGCCAAGAGUGUAUCUUGCCCUGUGUCUUCCACUAAAAUCACAAUCCAUGGCUUUCAGUCUACCUCCUCUACCAACGAACCUUCAAAAGGCGGCGGCCAUACUCGCACGAAUAGCAAGACGACCCAGGGAGAGGGUGUCCUUCUGAGCCUUUGCCCAGAGACUCCUAGCGUCGCCUCCGAGUGGCUCGACGGCUUGCUCAUGUUGCUAAAUCAGCAGCCCAUCACCUCAGAAACGAAUGACAUGAUCGACUUGGUCGGAAAUUACGGUCUCAAAAUCCGCUUAUUGAACGUUCGAUACGACGACGCAAUAUUUGCAAGCGAUGCACCCAGCGUACCCUCUCGGGAUGGCCUCAACGAGGAUUAUUACUAUGAUGUCUUUGGCGGUGCGUAG